UCUGAAAUAGGUCAAGGGGUGGAAUUUACACCAGGUACGGCCCCCGGCUCUGAUGCAAAAGCGGCUCUCUCUCCCCGGCUCCGGGAGAGCCUUGCAACUAGUUGGUUCCCGAGAGCCUCCCGCCCCCAUACCGUGCCGAGAGCGCCGGCGACCGUGGCGCGGACAAUAGUCUGCGGAGGGGAGCCGCGGCGAGCCUCGCGCCCACCCUAGUGCCGCCGGCCCUGUGCCCGCCCUCCCCCAGCACACCCGGAGGAGGGGGCGCGACGGGUCGCUUCGCGCUCGGGUCCCCGCGCCCGGGGUCUGACCGCCUAGCUUUCAUAAUUGUGGCACUUACUGAGAAUGGAAGGCCUCUGUGCAUGAUGCGAACAUUCUAACCCCGGCAGUGUGUCAGUUGCCAUCGGCAGUGAGCAGGGCCUGUGUUCCUUUUGGAGACUCAUGCAAAGUGCGUCAUCGCGUGAAGGACCUCGCUGUUGGAUUUCACUCGACUACUUUUCAUUUACAUUCCACACUGACAAAGUCAUGGGCAAAACCUGUCACUCUCUAAGGGUAAAAACUGCCGUGCUUCACAAAGGCAAGAAGUAAUUUUCCUGUAAUCACAAGAUGACUCAGGAUGGAUCAUGAGGCUGCCCAGCUGGAGAAGCAGCACGUGCAUGAUGUGUAUGAGAGCACCGCACCUUACUUCGGUGACCUGCAGAGCAAAGCUUGGCCUCGUGUCCGCCAGUUCCUCCAGGAGCAGAAGCCCGGCAGCCUCAUCGCUGACAUAGGUUGUGGGACUGGAAAGUAUCUUAAAGUGAACAGCCAGGUGUAUGCCCUGGGCUGUGACUACUGUGGGCCAUUGGUGGAGAUCGCCCGGAGUAGAGGAUGUGAAGUCAUGGUAUGUGACAACCUCCAUCUCCCCUUCCGGGAUCAGGGCUUGGAUGCCAUCAUCUCCAUAGGAGUCAUACAUCAUUUUUCUACAAAACAAAGAAGAAUCAGAGCAAUAAAAGAAAUGGCCAGGGUCUUAGUUCCUGGAGGCCAGCUGAUGAUUUACGUGUGGGCCAUGGAACAAAAGAACAGGCACUUUGAGAAGCAAGAUGUGCUCGUUCCGUGGAACAGGGCCUUAUGCUCGCGGCUUCUCUCAGACCCCAGCCAGCCGGGGAGAAAGCCAUGUGCACAUCCGGAAAGAAGCCAUCCCUACCAUCCUCCGUGCUCGGUCUGUAGCUGUUCUGUUUGUUUUAAAGAGCAGGGUCAUUCACAGCGAUCCCACAGCAUGGACUACGAGCCCCUGAUGGCUGGAACGUGUUGUGCAGAUAUUUCUAAGGAAGGGGAGGAAGAAAAUGGAUUCUCUAACAUGUUAGGAAAAUCUUUUCGCUCCUGGUUUUUCUCUAGGUCUUUGGAUGAAUCAACUCUGAGGAAGCAAAUUGAAAGAGUGAGACCCUUGAAAAAUACAGAAGGUUGGGCCAAUAGCACUGUAUCCAUCCAGCCUUCCAGACACUCCAGUUUAGACUUAGGACACCAAGAACCCCUUUCAACAAGAGAGCAAAGUUUAGAUGAAGACGUGUUUGUGGAAGCGUCUCAGAAACAACUGGAGUGGCCGAGAGCACCAGCCGCAAGGAAACAUCUACGUAGGGACCAACAAGGAGAAGUGAGGAGAAAUGGAGAUGGGAAUUUUCUGGAAGGCGCCAAUACAAGUGAGAACAGCGUGAAUGAGGAUGAUACGGAGGAAGGUCACCCUUCUGCUGGUAAAACCCUGAGAAGGAUUUCUGCACUUGACUCCACAGAUUCCAACUCGGAGGAGACAAUUCCUGUUGAAGAACAACAGCCCGGUAUUUUGGAUUCUAGAGCCUUUAUGCGGUACUACCACGUGUUUCGAGAAGGCGAGCUCUAUGGCCUGCUGAAGGAGCACGUGGCGGAGCUGCAUGUUCUGAGCUCAGGGAAUGAUCAUGGCAACUGGUGUGUCAUUGCCGAGAAGAAGGACAACUGUGACUGACUGGGUCAUUUUAGACAAUUCCUCCAAAAGGUGAACCAUGUUCUUUUCACUGGGUUUGGUUUGGUUACCUGAAUUUGUGUCCAAUUUUGUUAUUUUUAAUCCAUUUAUGCUUUGGUUUGUAGAGAUGAUGAAUCGGUCAUCUAGUAAGUUUCUGGAUGAACAGAGAGCCUGGCACGUAAAGCAUUUGACAAAGGGUAUUUGUAAAUUAUUAAUAUAAGAGAACUAAAGGAGUAAUAGGAAAUGAACAUCAGUACAGAUGGGAUCUCCUUUUCCCUGCAAGGUGAAAUUUUUAUGAUGAUACAUGUAUGUCAUUUGUCAGUAUUAGAUGCUGAUUUUAACAGGUUCCGUUGUUGACUUUUUGUUACUAUUGAAGUUGAGUCAAUGUAAAAUGUUAUAUUGAUUUCAGGUGUACAGCAUAGUGAUUUGACAAUUCCAUACAAGAUUCCAUUUUCAUUUUUAUAAUGAAGGGGGUGGGUGAGUUCUGCUUCUCAGAUUACACUGUAGAUCCAAAUGCAAGAUAACAGGGAAACUGUUCCACUGUGCAGAUGUAAACUGAAUCACGUGAUACAUUAAUCUGUUGCCGAGGCCUUGCUCUUACUUCAAGUCCUUCAAAAAGUGAGAGAUGGUGGACAGAGAUAAGAGGUGUCACAAGGACUUUUCUGAAUGAUAAGCAGACUUACUUCCAAAUGUAUAAACAACAAUGUUUUCAAUGUUGCAAGGAAGGCUUUUAAAAGCACUAGGGGUGUGUAGAGAGUGGUGGGUAUAGGUACUAGGCACGUGGCAAGUUCCCCGGGUGGUAUUUUCAUGACCUCAUUGAAAGCAGGAAUGUCUGGUUAAGAUAAGACCAAGACUGACUAAUGAGGAGUUUUCAUCUAGAGUGAUGCUUUUCUGAUGAACUGAAGCGGUUUUUAGGAACUGAGAAUCUGGUUGAAGCACCAUUUGAUUUUGGUUCUCAUUAUAAAUACACUGUUAAAGGGCAAGAUAUCUGUCCUUGAUAGAGGAUCUAUUUUUGGAUUGUUUUUUAAAAAAAAUCUGGGCAUUCAUCUUAUUGGAAGCGACAUUUUAUUCGUUAUGUUAGGGAUUUAGGCAGAAUUAAGUCCUAUUCAAGGUUGAAUUUCUGCCACUUUGAAGGCAAAUGGAUAGACUGGGUGUCAUAUGGUCACUGCAUCUGUUUCGAGUACCCACUGGUCUGUUUAAAUCUACGUCAUGGGUCAGGAGACAGAUAUAAUUGGGAAUCAACAUUUGACGGAAGUCUUUUUAAUUUAUGGACCACUAUAAUCCUAGACAAAAAUCCAAUUCUUGUUUUGUAUAAAAUUUUCAUUUGUUUUGCAUUCUUUUUCCCUUCUAUGAUUGUGCUCUAUCUUAAGAUAAUGCUGCUAUGUUCAGAGAAACCUAAAGGAUUAUUUUUAAUGCUUAUCUGGAAAUGACUGAUGUGUAUUUCUCUUUUGGCUUCCAAAUGAGAUCCAACAUCAUCUGUUGCAUGGGUGAGGUUGUCUGAUGGACAAUUUGUGAGAUAUAGGAUUUAUAGUGUUUGGUGCACAGUUUGCAUUAGAGGGACAAUGAAAACAGACCCAGAAAUGGAAUAUAAAUUAAAGAUUAAUUUAGUGUCUUCCGUUUCUUAUUUUAAAUUUCAGAUAGCUAACAUACAGUGCAGUAUUCGUUUCUGGAGAAUUCAGUGAUUCAUCACCUACGUACAACACCCAGAACUCAUCACAACACAGGCCCUCCAUAACUCCCAAGCCCAUCUCCGCAGCCCACGUCCCUCUAUCAACCCUCAGUUUGUUCUCUAUCAUUAAUAGCUCUGACAGUUUGUUUUCCUCUCCUUUUCCCCCCUCUUCCCAUAUGUUCAUCUGUUUAUUUUCUUAAAUUCCACAUAUGACUGAGAUCAUAUGGUAUUUGUCUUUGUUUGACUUAUUUCACUUCGCGUGAUACACUUUAGUUCCAUCCUUGUCCUUGCAAAUGGCAAGACUUCAUUCUUUCUGAUGGCUGCGUAAUAUUCCAUUGUGUGUGUGUUGUAUUUUUAUAUAUUUUAUAUAUAUAUGUGUACAUCCUUUAAAUACCGCAUUUUUUUUUUUUACCUAUUUAUUGGUCGAUGGGCACUUGGAUGCUCUCCAUAGUUUGGCUAUUGUUGAUAAUGUUGCUGUAAAUAUUGGGGUGAAUGUACCCCUUUGAAUCUGUAGUUUUGUAGCCUUUGGGUAAAUACCUAGUUGGGCAAUUGUUGGAUCAUAGGGUUCUAUUGUUUAAAGUUAAGACACUAAACAAGAGUAUAAGUGGAUUCCUUGGUAGAAAGAAAAUACUCUCGGAGUUGGAGAAGUUCUUACAGUUAAGUCUUGAAGGCCUUUUUGUUCUGAGUGGGUUUUUCCUCCCCUUGAAGCUUGUUGUCACAUGUAUGUUUAAUGCCAACCUUGCUGCUAGAAAUCUGCUUGAAGUCAUCUCUUUCUGGGGGGAGCGUACCAGUUACGCAGAACCCCACCUAUUAGGCUGCAUCGGAACAGCCGUGCCCUCACCUGUGUGAGUGACCUCCUACGUACACAUCCUACUUUAUAUAAGAUGAUUCCUAGAAUGGUUCUUGAGAAAAACUGGCACAUAAUUUUGAAGGGCUGUAAAUAAGAAGCCACCAAUAAUAGCAACCUUUUUCUCUUCAUCUGCUGAGCACAAUAAUUCUCUGGAUCCAGACAUUUUUCUGUGUCUGAAUAUUGAACACUCCAUGGUUGAUACCCUCUCUUUGGUGUAUUCACAGGGAAAGCGCUCUUAACUCUGACUUCCAACUCUGGAGAUUAUAUAUAUGUAUGUCAUCAAAGAGCCAAGCUGAUGUAAAUAUCUUAAUCUUUUAAAAACCUUGCUGAUGUUGUCCUCAAAAGGAAAUACAAAUCAUAAGCAAUUUUAAGUGCACACAGCUUACUUAUGAUUAUUCAGUCUGCCUUAACUUGCUUAGCUAUAGAUUUUGCUGCUCUGAAGUAAUGUGAAAACUUGGACUCCAUUAUGAGUACUGGAUCAAAGAAUGUCUUCCCUGUUCCUUCUCUGUUCCUUGCUGGAAUCCCUGCUCAGUCCCACUGCCUGAAGAAGCAGAAAGUGUUUGGGAGAUUACCCAAAAGGUCUUCCUUGAAAGCCUUUGCUGGCUGGGGCUCCUGGGUGGCUCAGUCUGUUAAGGGGCUGACUCUUGAUUUCAGCUGAGGUCAUGAUCUCAGGGUCCUGAGAUUGAGCCCUGCCUCGGGAUCCACACUCAGUGGGAAGUCUGCUUGAGGAUUCUCUCUCUCCCUCUCCUUCUGCCUCACUCAUGCACUCACUCUCUCUCUCUUCCCAAAUAAAUCAAUCUUAAGAAAAAAAAAAAAAAAAAAAAAAGCCCUUACUGGCUUACUGAUGCCUCACUGGCCUAUUUAAGGAUGACACACAGUCCAAUGAUUUGGGGUAAACUGCAUUAACAUGUGGGAAAUGACGCAAUCAGAGUAACAUCACAGUGGCAGCUAUGCACCUGAUCUAUUUAAACUAUGAUUUUUUAAAUUGUCACUAAGGUGACGGAGUGACACUAGUGUGUCAUGUUACUAACAAACCAUGUAACAACUGUCUCAGAUUAUCACGUCGAUCUGGUCCUCCUCUCUUGCCACACUGCCUGAUACAGGAUGCUGUAGGAUUCUUGCUUCCAGUUGCCCUUCUACAUUCUUCCAAAUUCUAGAAGUCAAGAAUUCCUCAAUGUUUUAACUGAUCCUCAGUUGAAUGGGCAAACAUUGGAGGUAAUCCAGAGAGAAAGUGAUCCAAAUCCAGAUCACCCAGGAACAUAAAUGUAAUUGUAUAUUCAAAGCCACACAAAAAAUAAGCACUGCUGAAUUUUUUAUAAAACUAAAUGGGUUUGGAGGCAGACAGAGGGGCUAACCCAAGAGUUAUGGAACUUGGUCACUUGGUUGGGGAAGGUACUCCGUAAAACAGAGCUCAGUUUGGGAGGGGAGGAGGAAACAGGGUCUAACCACUAGCCAAGUGGCUGCGGCCUAGGGUUGGGGGGAAAUAGGGCAGGCCUGAGAUCUUCCCUGCUAUUAUGUAGAAAAUAUGAAUGAAUAAGAGCAGCUAACUUCCCUUGAUAUCUAACCGGAAUUAUUCGAGCUCUAAUGCUCGUCACAGCCCUCUGGGAUAUAAAUAUACUUACUGUUUUGUAAGAAAGAAAUGAAUUAAAUUGCCUAAUAUCAUACACAGCAUAUAUCCCCCAUGUCGUAAGCAACAAGGUUGAGAUUCAAGUGCAGCAGGAUGGAGGCAGGCGGCUCCCGCCUCUGUUCUCAACCGCAAUACAGAAUGGUCCCCCAGUCACGGUGCCGGGCAGAGGACACGAGCCUUUCAAGGUAAGAGGGAUCAUCCCCUCUACAAACGAACAUCAGCAAAGUUAAGCAAAGAUGUCACAGUUACACAAUAACUGGAUAGUAAUCCUUGACAUCUUUUACACCUGUUUUUUCCUCACUUGUAACCCUGUUUCUAUUUGACGUUAAUCAGAAAAGUAGUCUUUGUCACAAAAUGCUCCGUGAUCACGUCUCUUCCCAACUCUGCAACCCUUGAAAUACUGUAUUAUUGUGUUUCCUUCUUAAGGAUGAGAAAACCGAGGGCUAUUCAUUUUACUUGGUGACGGAAGCCCACUCUAUGUAUAGAUCCUAGAUACACAGGAUAGGAGGCCAUGAACAUCAGGUGUGUCGCAUAUACGCAGAAUAUGAAAAUUAAGUGACCCGAAGGAGCCAAGGCAGAACAGUUUCAUUUUCGUUGUAUAUCUACCACCUCGUUGUACUUGAAGUAAUACAGAAAACUCCCUCUUGGAGAACCCCCAUGCGUAUUAGCCUAUGGAAGGUCUACCCUAAAAUAAGUUUGACUUAAUGCAAUGGAGCUUGCCUUCGACACACAGCAUUCUCUAGCACAAGCCUUCUGACGAGCAUAUUUAAGAAAAUAAAGCGUCCAACGGAAUGGAAGGUAGACCCCCCCUCGGGUGGCACUCAGGCUCUUCAUAAAUUGGUAAUUAUUUUUCAGGCUCAUCUCCUGCGACUGCACCCAAAUUUUUUUUUUUCCUGUUCUGCAAUCUGCUGUUUUAAACAACGCUUUUUAUUAGAAAUUGCACAGUGACAAGCAAUUAUCACAUCCCCUAGAUAUAAACUUGGACUUCGAAUGCCAUAAUUGUAAUCCUUCUCCCAAGAAAAAAGCGUGGCGCAGGCUGCAUUCCGCCAAUUCCAAGGGUGUAUGAGGUAAGUGUUACCACACCCCCAUCCAGCAGAUGGAAAAACCAUGGGAGUGAAGAGCGUUACACAGACUUUCCUAGAGCCUCAACCAAGACUGCUCCCCCUCCUCUUUUCCCGGCCCCAACCCCAAAUUAUGAUGAUUGGUUUAAUCGCGUAACCUCCAUAUUAAUUGUCCUCAAAACAGGAGCAAGAAUAUCUCAAAAGAACUCUCGCCAACCAAGACCUGGGGUUGUAAUACAAAUGGAAAGCACAGAAAACACACAGAAACCUAAGAGCUAAUCGCAGAGAAAAUACUGUGAUCUGUCCUAUUUUUGCUUCCGCACGGGUCCCACAGGAUGGGAUGCAGCCGUAGGAACAAGAAUCCUGUCACGUUCUGUCCCACUCCCAUGAAGGCCUUCCUGAGGGGAUGAGCCUCCAGAGACGUCCUCUCUGGAGGGGAGCGGCCUUAGCUGCUGGUGGGCCACCUGGGAGAAAUGACGGUCACCCUGGAUCCCUCCUUUGGCAAAUAAGUAUAUCUAUUUUGUCUCUUCAACUAUAGCUGGGAAACAUACAGCUUACUUCAAUCCAAUUAAUUACCAAUUAAUCCAUACAAAACAACAUAUUUUCUCUACACAGAACAUUUGUUUUUCUCUGGAUAUGAUCUCCUCAGGGAGAAGACCGUGGGUCACUAUGAUACAUCUGUAGCCGGUGUAACUGAGGACCGAACUCCCUGUAUAAGUUAUAUUCAUAUUUAUACUCACUCUGCAGGGAAUUUGGUUGAAUGACAGGCAUUUCUGUGUUGAGUGAAUCAUACCACUUCCAUCGGAUUUUCUGUUAAUGUAUGUGGAGGGACUUCAUUAGGGAAGCGCUGGCAACUGGGAAGGGUCACAAAUGUGGACCCUGGUGGAAUUUCUGAGAAACUUUAAAUAUGUGUGAAAACUGUCCCGUUCUCCUUAGGUGUUCUCUUAAAUACGUAUUCUGUAAAUAUAUGUAUAUAUUUGUAAACAUCAUGUAUUUGUCAUGAGUGAUCAAGAAAAAGUAGCCCUGUAUACUUGUCAAAACAUUAAAUUACCAAUUACCAUAGAAAUAUACUUCAUUAAUAGAUUUUUUUUUUGUUUCAUGGAAAUUAAAAAAUAGUUGUUAAUAUGGUUGUGCUUCAUCUGAGGUUGACAUGUCUAUUGGUAUCAAAAGUGCAAAAACUUUUUCUACAGUAUAUACAGUUACUUCCACCUUCCCGAGAGGGAGCUAGCAAUAGUCUUAAAAGCACAAAUUGAUGUAAGAGAUCUUGACUGUUGUAAUAAUCUGACGAUUUUUUAUUUGCAUUAACCAAUCAUGUUGAGGAUCUUUUCGUAAUUAGUAUUAUUUAAAAUGGUGUAAUUCCUAUGCCCAUCAUAUAUCUUAGGCAGUUUGUUUAAAUUGUGUGUAAGCGUACUUUUUAAAAAGUGUUACUAGGUGAACAACAUUAUGCCUUUUAUCUCCACUCUGAGUGUGACAGGACAGAUAAACCUCCCAUCAGUUCAGACAGCCGCCUCUCCUGAUCCUUC